AUGCUCGAUGGAGCAUGCCAUCAGCUUUUUAGUCUGCUUCCAAGCGAUGCACAGCAGCAAUUUGACCAACAGCUCCGUCACAUUCUCAAGUCAACUGACGUCGGGAAAGAUGCAAUGCUGUUGCUCUGGUGCUUCGGCAUCGUUUUGCUCAUAGAGUACCCUGAAGCAUCCCACCUUCGUCAAACGUGCCCGCCCAAUCAUAUUGUAUCUACACAAGGCACAAAAAAGAAUUGGACGACAGCUUCGGGGCAGAAGUUGUUCUUCGGAUCAAUGAGCUUGUACAGGACCAUUUCCCUUGCAAGUCUCAGUGUCGUCUGGGCCAUCAAAGGUGGUGUGGGUGUGUCUGACGAAGAUGCCAUCCAUGGCAUCCGCAUUGCCUCGCGAGUAUUACGAGUCAUCGACCAAAAUGUACGCGAGAACUGGCCAAAAUCCGAUGCUCGCGCCAAAGGAACUUUUCUCAAGCUCAUUGAGAAAAUCGAGCGCCUAGAUGCGAACUCAGCCAUCUUUUUCGAAGCAGCAGGGUUUCACGCGUUGAUCAUCGGAACAACAGGUGUGCAAUCUGAUGCUGUGACGCAGUGUGAGCCUUCUCUAGCACGUAUCAUCUCCUCCAUGGAUCACAAAUGCGACCUGCAAGAGUCAGUUUCAGAGUGUCUCCCAGCUUUUGCUGUAAGUGCGAGGAAUGGCUUACAACUUGACAUACUGAACCAUCACAGGACCGCCUUCAACCAAUCACUAUACAGAAAAUCUAUACACGUGUACUCGAGACCUGCAUGUUGA